CUCGGCAGAGGCAACUUCCUGUUGAACGCUCGCCAGCGGAGUGACAGAAAGCGAUGUUUCUGGGAAGAUAACAUUAUUAUCCAGGGACAGCGGAAUAAAAGUUCGCUAAAAAUGAACUGGAUGCCCUUCAAGAUCGGACCGCCAAAAAAGCAGAUUGUCUCUAAAACUGUUGAAAGAGACUUUGAGCGCGAAUAUGAGAAGCUCCAAAAGCUCGAGGAACAGACAAAGAAGCUUCACAAAGACAUGAAGAAAAGCACAGAAGCUGAUUUAGCCAUGUCUAAAGCAGCCGUGAAGAUCUCUGCGGAUCUGCUGAGCAACCCGCUGUGCGAGCAGGACCAGGCCUUCCUCGAGUCCAUGAGCGCUUUGGAUACAGCCAUGAAAAGGAUGGACGCGUUCAACCAGGAGAAGGUGAACCAGAUUCAGAAGACCGUCAUAGACCCUCUAAAAAAGUACAGCGGCGUGUUCCCGAGCCUCAACAUGGCCGUGAAGCGGCGGGAGCAGGCUCUGCAGGACUACAAGCGCUUGCAAUCCAAAGUGGAGAAGUACGAAGAGAAGGAGAAAACCGGCCCGGUUAUCGUCAAGCUAUGUCAGGCGAAGGAUGAGCUGCGACCCGUCAAGGACGACUUCGAGGCCAAGAACCAGCAGCUGCUGGACGAGAUGCCCAAAUUCUACCAGAGCCGCAUCGACUACUUCCAGCCCAGCUUUGAGGCUCUCAUCCGGGCGCAGGUGGUCUACUUCACCGAAAUGUCCAACGUCUUCAACCAGCUGACGGAGCAGAUCGACCCGGGCGGGCUGUCCGACGAGCAGAGGCAGAGGGAGACGGAGGCCAAGCUCAGCGAGCUGCGCUCUCUGUCCAUCGUGGCCGACGACUGAGGCAGAGACGUCGCCGAGCGGAUUCUACGCCUCAGGAGUUCAGACGGCCUUAAGACGAUUGGCGCUCUCUUUCGUCGCAGCCACACUUGUUUUGCACUACAUGCUGGUGGUUUCACUGUAAUCGGGAGCAGCCGACCGCCACGUUAACCAAGCCAUCAGCCAAGUGUGACUUUAUAAGCCAAUAUGCUUUCAUCGCGAUUUCUCCUGUGGUAAUGGGAUCUGGUUUCGUUGGAGCUCGUUCUAAGGUUAUACUACAUUGUUGCCGAUGUUUUUCUUUCAUAAAGUUACAUUUAAGCAAAUGUUUUAUUGAUCGUUCGUGUUACUGGAAGUCUUAAAUAAAAUUUUUUUUGUACUCUGCAGAGCUAAAAUCGAAGCGCUAAAUGUUAAAAAUUGCAGCUCAUGUUCUUGUGAUAUUUAAAUACCGUCUGUGCCAUCAUGUGAGGGAUUUCCCCCUCUUAGGCUUUUUUAACAUUGUGAACAUCCCCUCUGUAUCACGUCGCUCCGAGUUUAGCAAGCAUAAAGAGAACCCAGGCCUGCGUGGAGGUGUUGGAAAGUUGGCCCCUCACACUGGAGGGAUGAAGUCUCCACCAAGACAGAUGCUCGUGCUCCCUCUAGUGGCAGCUCCCGGUCACAGCACCCGGUUCUCCUUUUGUUCGCAGCGGCCGUCCUUUGUUCUAUUGUUGGUGAGGGUAUGUGUUAGCGAGGAGCCUCACACAUUGUUGGCGUGCUAGAAAGUCUCUCCUCUUCACCCUCAACACCAGGGUUGGAAGCCAGUUUCUGUUUCUGGCCCCUCGUCGUUCUGGAUGGAGUCGCACCGCUUUUGUUUUCACUCUCUGUCGGGAUGAAGGCUAAACUAUCAUUACGUGCUCACAGUUUAUACCUUAAGUUGAUUUGUUCUGUUUUUUGUGUGUCCUUUAGAGUUUGUGCUGGCUGUUUGUGUUGUAAUAACUUUAGAAAUGAAGGUGCUUUUCUUAAUCAGCAAUUAAGUUAUUUUAUAAUGGUUGAUUUUUUUUUUU